UCUCUGCUCAAAAAAUCUUAAAAGAGUAGAGCAAAAUGGUUCUUGAUAGAUUUCUGGUGCUCCCACUUCUGCUCUCUCUCCUUUUCCUCUCUCUAGCCACCGGUCUCGUCCAAGACUUCUGUGUUGCGGAUCUCUCGAAAGAAGACACCCCCGCCGGCUACCCCUGCAAACCAGUCUCCGAAAUAGGCUACUGUGACUUUGUCUUCUCCGGCCUGGCCUCCCCCGGCAACACUUCCACCCUCAUCAAGGCGGCUGUCACCCCUGCCUUUGUAAGCCAGUUCCCAGCCGUUAAUGGUCUCAGCAUCUCUGCUGCUCGUCUUGACCUCGCCGUCGGUGGCGUCAUCCCCCUCCACACCCACCCCCGCGGCUCUGAGCUUCUUGUCGUCAUAGAGGGCAUCAUUAUAGCCGGAUUAAUCUCCUCCAGCAACGACGUCUAUGUCGCCAAGCUCCAUGCUGGAGACACCAUGAUUUUCCCCCAAGGAUUGCUGCAUUUCCAGAUAAACUCAGGCAAUAGCCCGGUGGUGGCCUUUGUCAGCUUGAGCAGCCCCGACCCUGGGAUCCAGAUCACAGCGUUAUCGCUGUUCAGCAACAACCUGCCGUCCGAAAUAGUGGAAGCCGUCACUUUCCUGGACGACGCAGAGGUGAAGAAGCUUAAGAAACUGCUAGGAGGAUCUGGCUAAGAUAAUGAAUUCAAGUGUUUAACCUCCCUAGCGAAUCCUAUGUUCAGUUCAUGUUUGCAUUAUGUGGUGAUGUUCGUGUGGAUUUUCUACUUAUGCGAUGUGCUACUGCCAGUGCUAGUGCUAAUGCCAAUAAGUUUUCCAUUAA